GCAGUCCGCGGCCGACAGUGAGAGGGCGGGCAGCGCGCCGCGCCGCUGCCGACUACUGUUCAGACUGCACUGUUCUGCUGCUCUUCAGAGACGCUCCGCCUGACGAGAGCUCCUCUCCGGUGCGGCCAUGGUGCGGCCGCUUCUGCUGCUGCUGGCCGCCGGCCUGGCGCUCGCUGCUCGGACGCCCCAGCGCGCUGACAGUGACCUGACGUUCGAUGAGGCGGCGCCCCUCUCCUUCAGUCCAGUGCGGACCCGACACAAACGCCAGUUCUGGGAUCUCGCCGGCCCGGACGACGAAGACGAUUACGAAUACCCAGACGACUAUAAUGGCGACUACAACGGCGACUACAACGGCGACUACGGCGACUACAAUGACUAUAACGGUGGCGAGGGCGUGGGUCCGGGCUCCGGGGACGGCCUGCCCGAGCAGCCGGACCCCACCAUGCCGACGGACGACGAGGACCUGGUGGAGGGCUCCGGGCCCGGUGUCACUCCGCGCGUCGGUGUGCGGCCCACGCAGCCGCCCGUGCCCACGGCGCCCUCCGGACUGGUAUACUACCGGCUGACGCUGACGGUAGGAGAGGAGUGUCUAUCGGUGGAACAGGCCGACUGGUUGCGGGAGGCCGUGGAGCAGCUUUACGUAGACACCACCGGACGUCAGCUGGCCACCGUCAUACAGGCCAGUCCGGGCUACGUGGCCUCUUCGUGCGACUACACGGUCGACUUGACCUCGCAGGCGUUCGACGACCAGACAGAGUUCCAGCGGCUGCUGCAGCUGGCGCGAAACCGGCGCCAGCUCGGCGGAAAGGCAUUCAUCGACUUCCAGCUGCGCCGAUUCGGAACCACGCCGACGGCGCCGUCGGUGGCACCGCCGCGCGCCUGCACCGAGUUCGAGCUGGCCUGCCGCAGCGGCGAGUGCCUGCCGCAGGAGACGCGCUGCGACGGGCGCACCGACUGUCCCGACGGCUCGGACGAGCUCGGCUGUCCGCUGACCACGGCCGCGCCGGCCGGGCCGGGAGGGCCGUCCAUCGGGGGCGGCGUCGGCUCCAUGUGCCGCGGCGAUAACGUGGCCGUCUGUAACGACGGCAGCCGCAUCUGUGAGGUGCAGCAGUGCGAUGGCACGCCCGACUGUGCCGGCGGCGAGGACGAGCUCAAUUGUCCGCAGUCGGAAGUGUGCCGGCCCGACGAGCUUCUCUGUGAUGUCAGCCGCUGCGUGCCCUCCUCCAAACGCUGCGACGGUGUCAACGACUGCGCCGACGGCCUCGACGAGCGCAACUGCCCGCCAG